UUCUCUAAGGAAGCGCAUUUCCUGCCUCUCUGGGCCGGGCUGGAUGAGCUGAGCUCCCUGCCGAGGACGGUCAGACCCCUACCUCCAUCUGCGUUCGGUCCCCAGGCCAGGACCGCUGCCGGCUGCUGUUCAAAAGAGCCCAGUGUCUCUUUCCCACCAUCCAGUCAGCUAGAGACCCCUGCCCUGCUGUGAGUCUCGAGCUCACUUCUCCUGACUUCUCAGCCGCCACCUCAGAAGGCUGGAGCAGGGACGUGGUCGCUCCGGCCGCCUGCUCCCUUCGGGUCCCCGUGCGAACCCACGCCGGCCCCGGCGCCCACCCGCAGCCCUGCCUCUGGACACCGGAUAAGGCCCAGCGCAGAGACUCCCAGGUGGACAGCAUGGACCGUGGCAUGCUCCCUCUGGCCAUUACCCUGCUGCUGGCCAUCUACAGCUUCGUGCCCACAAGUCUUGCAGAAAGGGUCUAUUGUAAUCUACAGCCUGUGGACCCCACAAGGGGUGAGGUGACAUACAUCACCAGCCAGGUCUCUGAGGGCUGCACAGCUCGGGUUGCCAAUGCCACACAUGAAGUCCACGUUCUCUUCCUGACUUUUCCCAAGGUUACUGAGACUCCAGUGGGUAGUGCAGGCAGAGCACAGAACCUGCCCAGAGUGAAAGCUCCAGAGCUGGCAGCUGUGUCACAGCUGGAGCUGACUCUUCAGGCAUCCAAACAAAAUGGCACUGGGACCCGAGAGGUGUUCCUGGUCCUUGUUUCUAACGAAACUGUCUUGGUGAAGCUCCAGGCCCCGGAAAUCCCAUUGCACCUGGCCUACGACCCCAACAAGACCAUCUUUCCAGAUGAGCCAGAAGUCAGCAUCACACCAUUGCCGUUCCUUACCUCCAGGAAGCAGAUCCUUGACUGGGCAGCCAAAAGGAGCGCCAUCACCUCGGUGGCCGCACUGGAUAACCCCAGAAGCGUUGUCCUCCGGCUGGGCCAAGCCUCAAGCGCACCACCCUACUGCUUGGCAGAAGCUCAUCAUGACAUGGGCCUCACACUCGAAUGGCAACCUCAGGGCUCCCAAGUCCAAGGCUGCAGCUUGGGAGAUGAGAGCAGUCACCGCCACAAGGAGGCGUAUAUCCUGAGGGUCCUGCCAGGUUCCGCGGCCAGGCCCCGGACAGUGACCGUGAAUGUGGAGCUGAGUUGUGCAUCUGGGGAUCCCGACGCCAUUCUCAUCCUGCAGGGUCCUCCGUAUGUGUCCUGGUCCAUCAAUGCCAACCACAACAUGCAGUUCUGGACCACAGGUGAAUACUCCAUCAAGAUCUUUCCAGAAAAGACCAUCAAAGGCUUCGUGCUCCCAGACACACCCCAAGGCCUGAUAGAGGAGGCCCACAAGCUCAACGCCAGCAUUAUAGCCUCCUUUGCAGAGCUCUCUCUGGCCAGUGAAGUCUCCCUGAGGGCCUCUAGCUGUGGUAGUGUGCCACAGACCACACCUGCACCAGUUCUGACCACACCUCCCAAGGACAGUUGCAACCCUGGGCUACUCAUGUCCCUGAUCCAACCAAAGUGUGGCAAUGACGUCAUGACUCUGACACUCAGUAAAAAACAUGUGCAGACCCUGCAGUGCACCAUCACAGCCCUGACUUUCUGGGACCCCCGCUGCCAGGCCGAGGACAGUGAUGACCACCUCGUCUUGAGCAGCACCUACUCCAGCUGUGGCAUGAAAGUGACAGCGCAUGUGGUCAGCAACGAGGUGAUCGUCAGUUUCCCGUCAGGCUCGCAACCACUUCGGAAAAAGGUGCAGUGCGUCGACAUGGUCAGCUUCUCCUUCCAGCUGGGCCUCUACCUCAGCCCGCACUUCCUCCAGGAAUCCAGCACCAUCGAGCUGGGCCAGCAAGGCUUCGUUCAGGUGAGCAUGUCCCCAUCGACCUCUGAGGUCACCGUCCAGCUAGAUAGCUGCCAUCUGGAUUUGGGGCCUGAAGGGGACAUGGUGGAACUCAUCCAGAGCCGAGCAGCCAAGGGCAGCUGUGUGAGCUUGCUGACCCCGAGCCCUGACGGUGACCCACGCUUCAGCUUCCUCCUCCGUGUCUACAUGGUGCCCACACCCACAGCUGGCACCCUCAGCUGCAAUGUAGCCCUGCAGCCCAGCACCUCGUCCCAGGAAGUCUACAAGACCGUCUCCAUGCGCCUGAACAUCGUUAGCCCUGACCUGUCUGGCAAAGGCCUCAUCCUGCCCUAUGUGCUGGGCAUCACCUUUGGUGCCUUCCUCAUUGGGGCCCUGCUCACAGCUGCACUCUGGUACAUCUAUUCUCACACACGUGCCCCCAGCAAGCGGGAGCCCGUGGUGGCGGUGGCUGCCCCGGCCUCCUCUGAGAGCAGCAGUACCAACCACAGCAUCGGGAGCACCCAGAGCACCCCCUGCUCCACCAGCAGCAUGGCCUAGUGCCCAGCCUGGAGCCUCGGGGGCCCCCCAGCCAGCCCUGGCCCCACAGCAGAGACCAAGCAGCCAUAAGCUGGGAACCACUGGCCAUGAACCAGUGCCAGGAGCCAAACACCUUCCCUCAGCAGAGGAUGGAGCAUGUCCCCUGCACCCACCCCUCACACCUCCCUCGCAGAGGCUUGUUGCCAGUGGAGACUCCAGCCUGGAACACCCCGGGGUCUCCCCACCCCACUACGCAGAACUGUCCAAACCGGGGGCUCUGGGAUACGGCUGCCCGGAACUACAGGAGGACACAGCACUGCCCUGUACAUCCACACUGCUGUAGAGGCUGAAGCAGCUGCCUUCCAGCUGGAUCCUGCGCUGGUGAACUGGGCAGGGUGGGAAGUGACAACUCCGGACAUGCCAGCCCAGAGCCGCCUGCAUCUGGCCCUAGUGGCCUCCUCACCUGAACUGGCACAACUUUGGUGGGGGAAACAGAAGCUGAGGGGUGCUCAGCUCAGGGAGGGGCAUCUCAGAAGACGGCAAGAACAGAAGGGUGGGGGAACCCAGCCCCUCCCAGAAAUGCCCCAGAGACCUCCUCCCAUCCACUGGGUGGGAAGCAGGAGGAGUGGCCAGGCUGCCAGUCCUGGGCCAAGCCCUGUAAAUUCGCCAAUAAAUUAGACAUGAAACCAG